AUGUCACAACUGAAAGAGUCAGGUGAUCGUGGGAAAGACAGGGAGCGGGGCGCCCGUCCCAAGGUGAGACAGAGCCGGUCUGAGGAGAGAAGAGAUGCCGGCGGGGGGCAAAAAGGAGGAAGAGGAAAGAAGAAAGGCCAGACGUCCCAUCAGCAAGCUGCGGCGCGGCCUGUCAGCGAUGGCUUUGAGUAUGGGGACCUGCUGAGUGGACUGGAGCCCAGGGACCGCUGCUUCUCCUCUCCCCUGAAGGAGGGCAGGAGAUGGCAGGGCCUGGAGGGGGUCACUUCACUCAGUCAGGACAGGGGGACAGCCAGGCUGGCACAGGGGACAGCUGAGCCACCAGCCAGUGAGGCUGAAGGCAGGGGGGCAGGUGGCAGUCGCACACUCCGCCAAAAGAUCCAGGAUGCCAUGGGGCAGUGUUUCCCCAUAAAGACCAACACUCCAUUGCCAUCGUCGUCCAGUUCCACUCAGCAGGUCUUUAUGCCACAAGCUGCUGCUGCCGGGGCUGCUGCCUCCUCCUCGCGCCGCAAGAUCCACCUUACUGAACUCAUGCUGGACGACUGUCCCUUUGCUGCAGGCACCGAGCUGGCUCAGAAGUGGUACCUCAUCAAGCAGCACACAGCCCCCAUCUCCACACCUCCCGUAGUGGAUACCUUGGUGGUCAGCACUAGUGCCUCUGCCUCAAACAUGGCUGCCGUGGUGGAGGAUGUGGAUGACAGGUUGCGAGAGCGCAGGCGCAUCAGCAUCGAGCAAGGCGUGGAGCCGCCGCCCAAUGCAGAGAUCCACACGUUUGAGGUGACGGCCCGGAUCAACCCUCUGUACAAGCUGGGGCCCAAACUGGCCCAUGGUAUGAAUGAGCUGGCAGUGGACGAUAGGGCUACCAUUCACCAGCAACAGCAGCUGCUUCUCCAGAGGCAACAGCAGCACCAGCUCCUCCUGCAGAGCUGUCUGGACACUCUGGAUGAGGUGGUGGCUGUGGCCUCCUCCUCUUCUGCCUCAGCGUCUGCCUUGGUCCCUGUCUGUGAGGCUGCUUCUGUCCCUGACCCCGUGGUUGACCCUGAGGUCACAGUCAGCCUCCAGCCAACCAGAGCUGUCAUCCCCCAGACUGAGGGUCCCCCUACUCAGGAUGGCUAUCGCAUCCACACCCAGAUCGACUACAUCCACUGUCUGGUGCCUGACCUGCUGCAGAUCACUAACCUACCCUGCUACUGGGGUGUGAUGGACCGCUAUGAGGCAGAGACUCUGCUGGAGGGCAAGCCAGAGGGCACCUUCCUCCUCCGCGACUCAGCCCAGGAAGACUACCUCUUCUCUGUCAGCUUCCGCCGCUAUGGCCGCUCGCUGCACGCCCGCAUCGAGCAGUGGAACCACAACUUCAGCUUUGACGUGCAUGACCCCAGUGUGUUCCACGCACCCACCGUCACGGGCCUGCUGGAGCACUACAAGGACCCCAACUCCUGCAUGUUCUUUGAGCCUCUGCUGUCCAACCCCAUCCACCGCACCCAGCCCUUCAGCCUGCAGCACGUGUGCAGGGCGGUGAUCAGCAGUCGCACCACCUACGAUGGCAUCAACGUGCUGCCCAUCCCCUACACCCUGAAGAAACACCUGAAGGAGUACCAUUACAAGCAGAGGGUGAGGGUACGGAGGAUGGACACCUGGUGGGAAUAA